CUUAGCUAUAGUAGCUACUACUGUAGUAGAUAUAUAUGGGUAUGGCUGCAACAAGGAGGACGAGAGCAAGCUCAGGUAAUAAUGUCCUCCUCCUGCUGGCCAUCGGCCUUGUGUUCUCCGCGGCAUCGACGACGACACCGGCUGUAGCAGCUGCGGCGUUGAACGGCAGCGACGACGACAUUGGUGCUGCUGCCAGGGCGGCGGGCCUGUCCGUGGACUUCCACGCGGCGUCGUGCCCGGACCUGGACGGCAUCGUGCGCUCCGCCGUUGAGGAGGCGCGGCGGUGGGACGCCCAGGUCACGGCGGGCCUCCUCCGCAUCUUCUUCCACGACUGCUUCCCGCAGGGCUGCGACGCGUCGAUCCUGCUGGGCAGGAACCAGGGCGGCAGCGAGCAGGACGCACCCCAGAACACGGGCCUGCAGCAGGCGGCGCUGGACCUCGUCGAGAGGAUCCGCGGCAGGGUGCACUCCCGCUGCGGCGCCUCCGUCUCCUGCGCCGACAUCCUGGCGCUCGCCACCAGCCACGCCGUCAACCAGGCCGGCGGCCCCUUCAUCCCUAUGGAGCUGGGCCGCAGCGACAGCAGGGGCCCCGCUCCAGGAUGGGCCGUCAACAGGCUCCCGCCCCCCACCGAUGGCGUCUCCGAGCUCCUCGGCAACUUCGGUAACAGGGGCCUCGAUGGCUCCGACGUCGUGGUGCUCUCCGGCGCGCACACCGUGGGCGUGGCGCGUUGCUCCUCGUUCCAGGACCGUAUCGACAAGAAGACCGGCAAGGAUAACUUCGAGUGGGGGCUCACCGGCUACUGCAACGGAGACAAGGAGAAGAAGCACGCGCUGGACCGUACGCCCUUCAACUUCGACAACAGCUACUUCGUGGAGCUGCAGAACGGCAGAGGGGUGCUCACCUCCGACCAGGCGCUCUACAGGGACGGCCGCACCAGGUGGCUCGUCGACCGCUGCGCCUCCAGCCAGGACGAAUUCUUCAAGCGCUUCGUGGAAUCCAUGCUCAAGCUCAGCAGGCUCAGGGGGGCCGAUCCGGGCCCAGUGCGCAACAACUGCUUCGUCCGCGCCAGCUUCGGCGCUAGUAGCGCUACCAAAGACGACCUUGUCAUUGACACCACCGCCGGAGACGGAGACGGAGACGAGGACCUUAUUCUUGCAGCAGCUGCAUGAUCGCUGCUGCUACAGUGUACUUACAUCCGAUCCGGCCGCUAUCAUAUCGUCGUCGUCGUCGAAUAAUUAAGCAGAUCAACAUGUUUGUUUAUUUGCUUAUUAGUUUCUAUUCCGCAGUCCGCACUAGCUAGCUAGCUGCUGUAGUACCUCUCGUAAUACAAUGCAUGCAUGUACCUUGCGUGUUUUAGCGUGGCACGCCUCCUUAAUUCACUCGGUAUUUCUUUGAUCAUGCAACAAAGCAUUUUGGCAAGGUGACAUUU